CUGCUCCGUGUCCGCCGUGCUCGACGAUGAGGACCAUCCUCAUGAACAGCCUCAAUGCAGCAUCGACUGUAAUCACAGCUCUAGAAAGCGGAGUUGACCAAAAACCAUGCACCGCCCAAGCGUGCGGCCGUCAAUACGACCUUAACCCGCUAAGCGCAAGCUCGGACUAUAUCUUCGAAUCGCACUCGGGACGAAACUUUACCCUCAACGUAUGUCGGAGUGUUGUUAGUGAUCCUUGGAACCCGCGUGUCGAUAGUCCUCAGGAUAUCGGUGGAUUCGUUCGUGCUGCUCAUGGCGACUUCUCCAUUGGUCAGGCAAAUACGACGCUCGUCGUACAGGACAUGCACCCAGUGCUGUACAUGAUGGGCGGUUCGAGCUGUCCGCAAGCGGAAGGCAUGAAAGCGUCGACUGCAAUCCAAUUUAUCUGUGAUACCUCCGUCGAUGAAGGUCAACCGAAACUCCUAGCUCAGCUCCCACCAGCAGACGACGACGCAUGUAUGUUCUUCAUUGAAUGGAGGACAAAAUACGCCUGCCCCGUACCGAACCGCUACGCAUACUGGAAAACCGCACUGAUGGCCAUCGUCAUCCUCCUAGCCCUCCUCCUAACCUUAAUCUCCCUCCUCGCACUCCACAAACUCCUCAAACGUCGACGCGCUCAAGAUCCCUUACACAACUACAACACUCCUCCCAUCCCAAAUAUUGGCGUCGGCGGCCCACAUACAUGGCCUGCAGCACUCGCCGAACGCGCUCGGGACGUUAAGCGCUUAUUAACAGGUCAAGAUCCGUGGGGUCAUCCGAAUGGUACUCCAAACGGUAUAAAUGGGAAUGGUGUAAAUGGAAGAGGAGGUUCAGGAAGAAGUUGGCGCCCCACGUUUAGUUGGGGCCGUCGAUCCCGCCGAAACAACAACUUCUCUCGCCUUCCGCGUAGUGCAGAAGAGGAAGCUAUGAUGGGUGGGAAUCGAAACGGUCCAUUCAGCGUUGACGACGAAGACGAAGACGAUUAUGAGGAAGGAGGGGAACAUCGUGCUAUGAAUGGUAGUGCUGCAGUUAACGGAAAUGGAGGUGAUUUUAAUGAGGAGAGCGCUGCGUGGGGUGCUGCGAGACCGCAUGGGAUGGAUAGUGGGGGUGUUAUUCGGUUAUGAGCGCGUUCUUCAGUGAUGGUCCAAAACCGGAUUAAAUUGAAAAUGUGCCAUUUUAAUCCCACCUCUAUUCUCUUCGGUCUUCUUUUCCAUUACUUUCUUUCCUUAUUUUUUUUCUUUUCUGCAAGAUACCUAGGUGGUCAAUUUGAUGGUCGAUAAGAUUACUGUGCUUUCAUUAGUUAGUUUCCCUAGUUCGUUUCCUAGCUUGGUUAAUUGUUGUGUAACGUUUCAAAUGGACUCUGUCUCUCCAGAGUCAUUAAUUUAUGUUCC